AUGCUAUACCACGAGUUCAAGUACAAGGUGGAGUUGGAAAAUUACGACAAAUUGAACUUAAUUCAAUAUACUAUGGAAUAGUAAGGAAUGAACUUAGAAGAGAUUCUAGAUAGACAACAAUUAAAUAAGGUGAUGAUGACUGUGAAGAAAUUAAUAUUUUCUUAAUGUCCUGAUUUGAAUAGAGAAUAAAAAUAUUUGAACUUUUUGGCUUAGUUGAUUAUAAUUAGGUUUUUUAUAUUGAUGUUGAAUUCGCCAUUUCGUUUUAACAUACUCGAAUACUUUUAAGAGAGUUGUGAUGCAGAAUUAUUGAAUAUAUUGUUGCCAAUAAUUUUGUCGAUGUUUCUAGAGUUCAUCUUGCUCUAUUGUUUGGUGUUUGUAUUAGUGAUUGCAUUGCCAUUACUUUGUUGUUUGUCAAUUUACAGGAAAGGGAAACAUUUAUAUUCGAUUAGGCGAUUAAAGAAAUAUUUGGAUUCUAUUCCUCCUCACAAAUACACAGGUUCAGAUGAUACUUGGAUGAAAGAGGACAAGACUUGUUGUAUUUGUAUGCAGGAAUAUGUUUAGCAUGAGAACAUUCUGUAAUUACCUUGCAGUGGAUAACACUAGUUUCAUGAAUUAUGCAUCAGGAAUUGGUUCAAUGUAUCGACUAGUUGUCCAAUUUGCAGAUAAUAGUUAGGUUGA